AUGAUUCCUGCAAACUUGUCAGCUUUUUUGGCAGAUGACAUGGAAGAUGAUGAGACUACUAGAACACAUACUUGUUAUGUUACAUUAAAAACUGAUUCUGUUAUAACUGCUAUGGAUUUAAGUUCGAAUAAAGUUAUAUAUGCCAUCGGAGAACAUGGAAUUAAACAAAUUGUCAAUAAUCAAUAUAUUGACAAGGGAAAUAGUGAAAUUGUACAGGAAAUAAUGACAGGACAAAUGAUACAGAUAGGUAAAGGACAAUUUGGAACUGUUUUCUUGGUUAAAACUAUUUCCGGAAAGUAUUAUGCUCUGAAAAAGAUUCAUUUAAAGUGGGAUGAUGAAAAGGAUAAUUAUAUUUGGAGGGAAUUUCAUACCAUCUACACAAGUGAAUCACCUCAUCUUGUAAAAUUAUACGAAUGUUUCUACAAGGAAACAACUGUACACUUGGUUAUGGAAUACAUGGAUAUUGGAAGUUUAUCAACCAUCAUGAACAUUAUCGAUCUCACCAGAAAAACUUUAAAACUCUUAGUUCGUUCCGAAUCUACAAAAAGUUUAUUCCCAAUGGGGAGUGAAGUUAAGAAUGUGGAUCGUUUAUCAGAGCAGGAAAAUGAGAGAAAUAAGGAAUUAAUCAAGAAAAUUGUUAAAACCAUUAGAAAACUUCCACAAGUAUUUCUACAGAGAUAUGCUUCUGGAUCCUGCAUGUCAGAGAAGGAAUGUGCAGUUAUUAUUAAGAAGGUCAUUGAGGGAUUGCAAUAUUUGAGAUCGAAACAUAUUAUUCAUAGAGAUAUUAAACCUUCUAAUAUAUUGAUGAGUAAAUAUGGUGAAGUGAAAAUAUCAGAUUUUGGUCUUUCGAAUGGUAAAAACCUUAAUAUUGGAAAUUCUGGUAUUUAUGACACAACCUACGAUACAAUUUGUGGAACAAGAAUUUAUUUAUCACCUGAGAGAUUGAGAGAGGAAAAGUAUGGUUAUAACUGUGAUUUGUGGAGUACUGGACUUGUAUUAGUGGAAUUAUUCACUGGAAAGCAUCCUCAAGAUACAACAAAAGAUGUUGUCAGUUGCUAUACUGAUUUCAAUCUCUAUGUGGAUAAUGCUUUGAAAAUAUUGAGAGAGGCCUUUGCUUCUAAUGAAAUGAUUGAUUUUGUGGCAUGUUGUCUUCAAAUUGAUAGAAAUAAGAGACCAAGCUAUGAACAAAUAUUACAGCAUCCAUUUCUGAGUUCUCUAAGCUCCAUGUCCAAUGAAGAGCAGAAUGAAUGUCUGAGAAAUAAUCUACUUUCAUGGAUCAUUCCAUUUAUUUCUCAACCGGAACUUUAA